CAGCCCCAGAGAAGAUGUGUAUCCUCUGUUUGUACUACUCUCCAGAUGAAGGAGACUAUCUACUGAUAGCUGCAGACAACAGAGAUGAGGUUUUUGAGCGCCCCACAGCUCAAGCUGACUUCUGGAGGGACCACAGUACAGUGCUAGCAGGUCGUGAUUUGCAGGUUCCAAAUGGAGGGACUUGGUUUGGAGUCACUGUUGAUGGCCGAUUCUCAGUCCUCACCAACUUCCGACAGGAUCCCAAGGAUAUUAACCCAAACGCUGAGUCCAGAGGUCAUUUGGUUUCUGAUUAUCUCACUGGGAAGACGUCUCCAUUGGACUACUGCAAACAGAUUGAUGGUCAAAAAUUCAACGGUUUCUCUCUAAUCACUGCUGAUCUAUGUGGUAAGGGUGGUGUGGCGUACAGGUCCAAUUAUGACCCCAGUGGAUCCAGAUUGUUGGGCCCUGGUGUGUAUGGACUCAGCAAUUCCACUCUGGACUCACCAUGGCAUAAAGUGAAGCGAGGGAAAGAAACGUUCGCAGAUAUUGUCAAAUCUCCCGACUCUAAUCUCACUGACAGACUAUUGAAGCUGCUCUCUGAUGAUACAAGUUGCUGGCCUGAUCCUGCUAUUCCCAGCGCUGGCAUCCCUGAGGAAUUUGGUAGAAAUGCUUCAGCCAUUUUUGUGAACCCCUGUGCUGUCCCAAAAGGAACGUAUGGUACAAGGACUCAAACUAUAUUGACAGUCACUCGUGGAGGACUUGUGUCAUACACAGAGAGGACAUUUUCUAUAGAAACUUCUCAAUGGAACACAAUUUCACAUACGUUUCAGCUCUGUUUACAAUGAUUUACUCUCUGAAAGCUAACCAGUUUGAACACAUAAAAAUGUCUACUGUGUGUUCAAUAAUAAUUCAAGUCCACACCAGC